UAUGAAAUGCUAGAUUGAGACUCAGUCUCAGUCAGGCAGGCCUGCUAGUUUAAGCUCAGUUUUGUUUAGUGUUAUAGGCGUUCAUAAGCAUUAUCGAAGAUGUGGACUACUGUGGUGUUGGCAUUAACUCUAAUAGCUUUCAUCUUCUACAGAGCUGCAGCUAGACCCCCCAACUAUCCUCCAGGGCCCUUGUCCUUGCCACUGGUAGGAAGUAUGCUCUCCCUCCUACCUAACCCAAAAGAAGGAUUCAAGAACCUUCGUGAGAAAUAUGGAGAUAUCUUCAGCAUCAACACAUUUCGGAGAUGGGGAAUUGUCAUUAACAAUCCUACCCUCAUGCGGGAGGCCUUUAAUGACCCAGACUUCCAGGGGCGGAUCACCUUGUACCUUUUCAUAUCCAGAAACGUGAUCAUCAGUGGCAAAGAGGAUCCCCUGGGCAUUUUAGGCACCAGUGGGGAUGUAUGGAAGCACCAGAGACGCUUCACGCUUCGUGCCCUUAAGGAUCAAGGCUUUGGGAAGCACAGUCUGGAACCCGUGAUGCAGAGUGAGCUGGUAGAGCUGGGUCAGUACCUGGCUAGUCAAGAGAAGGAGAAGGUCACUGUCGGACUCCUCUUCAACCGCAGCAUCAUCAACGUCAUCUGGGCCAUGGUGAUGGGCAAGAGGUUCUCCCACGGAGAUAAGAGGCUGAACGAACUGGCCGACAAAGUGAACAAGAUGCUGCAGACUUUUGAUCCCUUCAACCCGGCUCUCAGUUUCAAAAUCAUUAAGAAACUCUUCCCAAAUCUGGAAAUCUUCAAGAAGGUCGAUGGCUACAUGAAAGAUUUGCUCCACUUUAUUGAGGAGCAAAUGACUACAUACGAAGCGGACAUGGAAGAAACAGAGGACGACGGCAGCUACAUUGGGGUGUAUCUGAAAGAGAUGAAGGAAUGUGCCUUGCAAAACAAGGAGACACCCCUCAGCAUGAACCACCUCAAAGCCAACAUUCUGGAACUCUUCAUAGCAGGAAGCGAGACAACGGCCUCGACUCUGUGGUGGUCCAUUUACCUCUUAGCCUCUAACCCCAAGGUACAACUCGCCAUCCAGGAGGAGCUUGAUCAAGUCAUAGGCACGGAUGAUAUACCAAAUCUCAGUCACAUUGAUCAGGUACCAUACACAACAGCUGCCAUAUAUGAAGUUCAAAGAUUAGCAGAUCUUGUGCCAUUUGCCAUACCACACGAAACGACAGCUGAUACCACCAUAGCAGGUUAUACACUUCCAAAAGGAACCCGAGUGAUGUUCAACCUAUCUAGCAGCAUGAAAGAUCCAAAAUACUGGAAACACCCUGACAAGUUCUACCCAGAGCAUUUUCUCAACAGUGAUGGCAAACCUCACAAGCCAGAGGCAUUCAUGCCUUUUGGACACGGAAAGCGCGUGUGCUUAGGAGAAUCCCUGGCCAGAAUUGAACUAUUUCUCUUCUUCACCAACCUGGUCCAUCGGUUCUCCUGGAAAUUGACAGAAGAUCCAGUCACCUGGGAGAAGUCGACUAUCAUUACUCGACCUCCCAACUGCACGGUUUAUGUCGAGCAGAGAGAGGCCACCAGGAAUGUGUAUUGUUGUACUGCUUAGAAGAUUUUAUCGACACUUUUUUUUUUUUUUUUUAAUAUGUGUCAGUAUUAAACUUUCCAAUGGUAGAACUAAAAUUUUGAGGACAAUGAUUAAAUUGAUACGCAGUUUAAAGAGGAGAACUCCAUUCUUGAGUAUGUUCUUAUCCAUACUGAAGAAGAAUCUCAACUAAAGAUUUCCACACUGAACAAGAAGAGUAAUUAUACACUUUACUGGAAUUCCACUUUUAAAAAAGAAUUCACUGUGUAUGACAACUGCACUCUGAAGAACAAUCCCAGUGUGGGAACAUAGGAAUUCACAGCUAACAAGGAAUCGCACACUGACAAAGAAGAAGAGUGCCAUAUUGAUGAGGAAAGGAGCCGUAUCAAAUCACCCUGUGAUUAUAGAUAGACUCACAUCUCCAAAUUUAAAUUAAAGUAAUGAUUUGUAGAGCUGAAUAUUGGCUUACAGUUCAACAUUGAUGAAGUUGGUGAUGAAUAAAUAUGCAAACAAACAAAAAAGGUACCUAAGUGACCUGUCUUAUUAAGAUCAAAUAAAAUUCUUCACAAUACUAACAUAAAGAAAUCUUAUGCCCUAGCUGCAGCACACCCCAGUCAGGAAUGUAAUGCACUGCUUAAAUCAACGUACACACCACAGUGGGUUUUAUUGAGACAACUAAAUUGUUUAAGUACUGUGGAUGAUUUUUAAGAAAAUAUAAAACCUAUUAAGGCUUUAUUGCAGUGGUGUGUAAAUAAAGUUAUGUGAAUAACCAUUUACAUAGACAUUUAAAAAAUUUUUUGUAACUAUAUAGACCCAGUCAUACACAGAAUCAGACAUUUGUAUAUGAGCAUUCCACUUUUUCAUGUCUUAUAUAAGUCUGGUUUUCUUUUCCCGUUAGUAGUAUUUGUUUUGUCUCUGUCUCGAUCUUUGCAUGGUUAAAUAUUGACCACAGAUUUGCAUUUAAAAUCAUAUUUCCCUUAUUAGGCUGAUCAUUUCAAGACUCUGCGCACACUUGAACUCAUUUACAAGUAGGCAUUUCCUUUUCUGUGAAUGUAACACUAGUUUGUCCAAUUUUCCAGUACUCAUUUUACAAAACUUGCCAUAGCUCAUGAAGCUGACUUCAGAAACUUGUGAGAGGAGAGGUUUUGUGCCUAUAUGAAGUUGCAAGUUCCAGUACUAUCCAUAGCAAGCACAUAAGCGCAGAAAAUACAGGCAGUCCCCAGUUAUUGGCAGGGGUUCUGUUCCAACAGCUUGAUAACAUGCAAAAAUCGCCAAUAACUGAACAUCACCAGUGCUUAUCGGCACCGAUAACUAGUUAAUGGCGGCCAUGUUAGGUAUGUACUGGCACCAAUACUCUAUUAUCGGCACUAAUAACAGAAAAUCAUCAUAUUUCAAUGCUGCAAAUCACCAAUUUUCAGCGCUAAACAUGCCCCCCAUAAAACUGGAUCGCCAAUAAUUGUUUAGUCCUCAGUUAUAGGUGGCCUCGGCUAUUGGUGAUCCGGUUAUAUGGCGCUUGUCUAACACCAAUUCCCGGUUAUCAGCGCUGGUAAUAAGAGUAUUGUCGCAGAUACAUACCUAACAGAGGUGCCAUUAACUGGUUAUCAACGCCAAAAUCCAGUUAUUGGUGCCAAUAAGCACCAAAAAUUUGAUUAUCACCAAUUUCCGCUCACAGUUAUCACCGAUUUUUGCUUAACAUCAAGCCAUCAGAACGGGACCCCCACUGAUAACCAAGGAUUGCCUGUAUGAAUUACUUUACACUUUAGUACUUAUGUGAUGCCUUGAGCAUAAUCACCACUUAUGGCCAUCACCAGUGGAGAGCAAGAUCUCUUUUACACACGCAUUCUAAGCUUUCUCAACUCUCUCAUAGUUAACCUGAGCUCAGUAAAAUUAUGGCUAAAAAAAUCUGGUCAGUUUUUCACCAUAAAUGAUACGCUUUCUGUGUUGUAUUUAGGCAAGCUAACAGGCAGCAUUAAACCAGGGCUUAUCUUUAAGAUCAACUUCUUAAGAGUGAUUACUUAAACACUCCGUAAUAUUCAGACUACAUAAAUACUGCUUCGCCAGAUCUCAAUAAGAUCAUGGUGAAUACCAUCCCAAUUGGCCUGGAUUUCAAGUAUAGCUGUCUUGAAUAGCUACCAUGCAGAACCUGGUCCAUCUUCACAUUAACUUUAAUCAAACAAUGAUCAGAGGAACCCACCAACAAACCUCCUCGACAAGAUACAAUCCCUGUAACAUCUGUGAAUACAAGGCCAAGAAGGUUGCCAAACUGGUGUGUGGGUUCAUUUAUUAAUUGCUCACAAGCAAAAAUAGUGGAGAAAUUUAGAACAGCAACACUUUGAUUGUCUGUGGCAGUAAGUGAGCUCAGGCAUUCAGUGUGGUGAGUAUUGUAAUCACCAGUGAAAACGAAACAAGCCUUGGAAUCAGCUUCCUUAACUGCCAUCAUUUUUACAAGUAAGAGGAGAUGCCUACCAGGCUAUUGAAUCUUCAACACAAGUCAGUACAGUUUGAACAAGAUAAGAAUUGGAUGUUCAGUGUUGUCAAGUGUGUCAGCAGUGAAAGACAUGUAAUGAAUAUGCCAGAUUAUUCUGAGAUGAUGUAGGCAUAGGAAAAGUCCUUGACUAGAGAGGGAUCAACAACAGACUGUACUGGCCAGCCUUAGAAGGGACUUAAUCUCUGGUGGCAGUAUCUCAAUGGGUCGCUAGUGCCUUGGCCAACCUACUAACCUUUGAUUAAGCCUGUCAAUACAAGCCACAGAUCCAGAUAGAAAACAUUCAAAGAAACCCUUCCUCCCAUGGUGGGAUUCAAACUCACUUAUGAUAGGCUAAGGUGAUAUUAACAUAAACCAUUAUACAUAGUGCUUGAGGAUUUUUUUUAUUGCUUUUUAAUGAAAGCAAAGUUGGAGAAUUCAAUUCACAGAACAUCGUAAAAGUUGUGCAUACCUGUAUUUCAUUUCUGGUUACAUGUACACAAUCCCCAAAAAAUAAGCGGCAUAACUUUUUGGAAUCUAAGCCCUUAAAGAAUGUCUUAUACAAUAAUAUUUGGAGGAUGUUUUGGAAAUUUUUUUUUUUUUUAUUAUUUUGAAAAUUUUUUUUAUUGAAUAUAAAGGCCAUGAGAUGUCCUGAAAAUAUGUCUUAAGAGAUAGUCUCAGAGGUGAGACCUGAUCCAGUCCACGAAAUGAGGGACCUCGGUGAAGACACUGGGCAGAUUUGGCCUUGCACAUCCGUAGGCCCAAGAGACCAGGCCAGUCAAAUAAGAUCCACAAGCUAAGGGACCUCCUGAGUCUCCUUUACAUGAUCCUUUGUGUCCUUCAUCAAAUCUUUGAGGAAGAUAAAAGGUGGAUAUUACAUUAAAGACACUAAAAACUCUCAACUUAUUCUUGCUCUCACCUUCAUAUGGUACCUGUAUGCCUCAAGGCAUAGUCAUCAUAUUUCACCAUAUUUCUUUGUGACUAACUAGAGAUUCUCAAAUGACAUUAAGCUAAAUAUUUCAAGUAUUACACCAGUCUUACUUAAGAUUUUCUGCAGUUUUUGUAACAAAUCAUUCAUCUUGAAAAAUUUUGGUAUCAACCAAUUUAUAGUUUCUUAAGAUGUUUAGGAAAAGCUUAUAAAUGAAAUCCAACAUGACAAUUUCUGUGCAAAAAAUGACCAAUAUAUAGGUCCAAAUAUUAAUAUUGGAAGGUUAAAUAUUACUACUCACCCAGCACAGACCAUUGAAUCAAAGAUUUCGUCCAAGAUGUAAAAAUCCCGACAAUGUUGGUCGCUGAUGACUGGGAUUUCAGUGUACCUCAUAAUGUGUGACACCCCACCUCCUUCACGAGUUGAGCCCCAGCCUGUUACUACACACAUUUCUGCAAGGUGGUAGAAAUUGUGGUACAAGUCUUAGCAGGUAGAGGCAGUACUGAAUUGGAAAUGACUUCUGAAAUUACUAACCCAACCUAAGCUGAGGUAAGAUGGCUAUGAACCUUAUCCUCAAGUGCUAUCUGAGAAUAGGAGGGAAACUAAUAUGAAAACACACACAACACAAACAUGCAUAUUUCAAGAAAUUUGGAUGGGGGAAAUAGAAAUACAUUAGACAUUUGGAAAAGUUGGUUAAUUUGUAUAUCAUGCAAUUUUUAAAGUAACCGAGAUCAAAAUUAGCAGUGUACCUGAGGUGAAGUUCUGUCCCUGCUCUGGAAGUUCAAGUGGCGCAACAUAUUCGUUGAAAACUAAAGGUGUUUCAAGUCUCAACAAGGCAAUGUCGUUCUCCAGAGUGAUUCUUAUCAGCAAAAAAAAAAAAAAAAAAAAGUGAUCUGUAGUAAGGCAGAAAAUGAUUCUGAUAAAGAUCAUCAUCAUCAUGACAAACAAUUAGCUUCAGGUCACGUUAAUUUGCAGUAAUUUUCGUGGUGCUACAAGUGAAUAUUGUUUUGUAUUGUUUGUCUCCUUAAUGAAAGCUACUUAAGGUAUCUUACCUAUGAAACACAUACGUACUUGUGUAAGGACUUGAUGAUCCCAAUUUAUACUGUGUAUGGUGUUAGUUUUGAUUAAAAAUUGCACAACC